AUGGAGGGCGUCAUGAGGACCACUUUGGCGGAAGAAGGCUUGCGUUUGCUAUCUACUGGCAAGGUGCGCGAGAUCUAUGAGCUCGAUAGCUCAAGAUUGCUCUUCGUGGCUACCGACCGAGUCUCUGCCUUCGACGUCGUCCUUGACAGCCCGAUCCCUCAGAAAGGCAGUAUCCUUACACAGAUUAGCGACUUCUGGUUCAAGCUGCUAUCCAAAGAGAUUCCAAGCCUCAAGACUCAUCUGAUCCACGCCGGGCUACCAGACGCACUAGAACAAACUCUCAAGCCUGAAGUAGCCAUCCAAGUGCAACAUCGAAGCAUGGUCGUCAAAAAGGUCAACGUGCUACCGAUAGAGAGCAUAGUUCGUGGAUACAUUACUGGUUCUGCUUGGACGUCGUAUCAAAAUGAUGGGACAUUCGUCGGCAUAAGUCUUCCCUCGGGCUUGAAAGAAUCACAGAAGUUAGAGCAGCCCAUUUGGACCCCGAGCACAAAAGCGGAACAGGGUCAGCACGACGAGAACAUCAGUGCGCAAGAGGUCGCUAGGAUCGUGGGCGAAGAUCUUGCACGCCAGAUCGAACGCCUCUCUCUGUUGAUCUAUGAGAAAGCUAGUGCCUAUGCUGCGAAACGAGGAGUCAUCAUAGCAGAUACGAAAUUCGAAUUUGGGGUCGACGAAUCUACCGACCCACCUUCGCUUACUCUCAUCGACGAGGUCCUAACUCCCGACAGUAGUCGGUUUUGGAGUGCUACCAAGUACGAGAUAGGCAGGAGCCAAGUAUCAGUUGACAAGCAGUACUUGCGAGAUUGGCUUGUUGAAACUUCUCAAAAGGGCAAACGUGGCGUUGCGAUCCCCAAACAGGUAGCCAAAGACACUUCGAAUCGCUACAAUGAGGCAUACCAAAUGCUGACCGGAGAUCCUUGGGACGCCAAAUGA